AAAGAUGAGGAAAAAAAAGAAAGCCCUUCAGACCAGUUAUACCUCCAUUUAGGGGUCUGUAGCCCAUUUUAGCAAAUUGUAACUUUGGGUUUUGGAAGUUGGUGGUGGACCCUCUUGGCCGACCACCACAAGCAAGGGAUAAAGAGUAGUAAAGUGUGAGGCUUUCGUUUUUUGUGCGGUUGAAAACAAAACAGCAGGUCACAGAAAGAGUACGCCUACAAAAGAACCCAGAGCGGAAGUAGCAUUACCAAUCUUUGAAGCCUCAUUUCCAAUCCGAUGGCAGCUCCCGUUAAGGUGUACGGACCUACAUUAUCAACUGCAGUUUCCAGAGUCUUAGCUUGUCUCAUUGAGAAAGAUGUGGAUUUUCAGCUCAUUCCCAUCAACAUGUCCAAAGGAGAACACAAGAAGCCUGAUUUCAUCAAGAUGCAGCCCUUUGGCCAAGUACCAGCUUUCCAAGAUGAGAGCAUCUCCCUCUUCGAGUCAAGAGCAAUAUGUCGCUACAUAUGUGACAAGUAUGCAGACAAAGGAAACAAAGAAUUAUAUGGGACAAACCCACUGGCAAAAGCAUCAAUAGAUCAGUGGCUAGAGGCUGAGGGGCAGAGCUUUAACCCACCAAGCGGAGCUUUGGUGUUUCAGCUUGCAUUUGCACCUAGAAUGAAGAUCCCGCAAGACGAAGGCCUAAUCAAGCAGAACCAGGAGAAGCUAGGAAAAGUGCUCGACGUUUACGAGAAGAGGCUUGGGGAGAGUCGUUUCUUGGCAGGAGAUGAAUUCUCUUUGGCUGAUCUCUCACACUUGCCUAACACCCAAUACUUGGUGGCUGGAACUGAUAGAGGAGAACUCUUCACUUCCAGAAAGAAUGUGGGGAGAUGGUGGAGUGAGAUUUCUAGCAGGGAAUCGUGGAAGAAGGUGGUCCAGAUGCAGAAAAGUGGUUGAAAUUGGUCUCUCUGCAUCAUUUUGAAAUUUGUCUUUCGCUUUAUGGGUCUCAGAAUUUUGUUUGAGCUUGAGUUUUUCUUCUUUUAGCUGAGCAUUUCCAAUCUUCAUCGUUGGCUGCUCCGCCUUGUCCACUUGACUGUGUUUUAAGUUUGUUCAAUAAAACUCAUAGCGUCUCUGGCCUCAAGAGACCUUCUGAUCGGU